AUGGCCAUGACCUCUGGUGAACCGCCGCUCAGCCAGGCUGUCGGCUAUGGCGUUGUCAUUGGCUUGGGCUUCGCUUUCGCUUUCGGCAUGAUUUUGACCACUUUCAUCCUCAAAAGAUACAACUAUGAGCUGCAGACUAGUGAAAUGUUCAGCACUGCCGGAAGAACGGUGAAAUCUGGUCUUGUUGCCUCCGCAGUCGUCUCUUCCUGGACUUGGGCUGCAACUUUGCUGCAAUCGUCUGGUGUGGCCUACAACUAUGGUAUUUCUGGGCCCUUUUGGUAUGCGUCUGGGGCAACUGUGCAGAUUAUCCUCUUCGCCACUCUCGCCAUUGAGCUGAAGCGAAGGGCACCAAAUGCCCAUACCUUCCUCGAGGUUAUUCGCGCCCGCUACGGCGCAGUCACGCACAUCGUCUUCAUGGUUUUCGCCCUGAUGACGAACAUCCUCGUUACCGCAAUGCUUCUCACCGGCGGCUCCGCAGUAGUCACCUCUCUCACUGGUGUCCACACCGUGGCCGCUUGCUACCUGCUCCCAAUCGGUGUCGUGUUGUACACCAUGUUUGGAGGCAUCAAGGCCACAUUUUUGACCGAUUACGCCCACACAGUGGUCAUCCUCAUCAUCAUUUUCGUCUUCGCUUUCACCACUUAUGCCACUCAUGAUAUUGCUGGCAGCCCUGGCCGCGUAUAUGACCUUCUUGUCGAGGCUUCUGCCCGCCACCCUGUUGAUGGAAACGCUGAAGGCAGCUACUUGACGAUGCGCUCCAAGGAAGGCGCCAUCUUCUUUGUCAUCAAUAUUGUGGGCAAUUUUGGCACGGUGUACUUGGACAAUGGGUAUUGGAACAAGGCAAUUUCUGCUUCUCCCGUCCAUGCCUUGCCUGGAUAUAUCAUGGGUGGUCUCAGCUGGUUCGCAAUCCCCUGGCUCGCCGCAACCACCAUGGGCAUGGCGGCUCUCGCGCUGGAGAGCAAUCCUGUCUUCCCGACCUACCCGAACCGGAUGAACCCGGCUGACGUAUCCGCUGGGCUCGUGCUCCCGGAGGCUUCUGUUGCAUUGCUUGGAAGUGGUGGUGCAGCGGCGACUCUUCUGCUAAUUUUCAUGGCGGUGACGUCUGCUAUGUCUGCGGAACUCAUCGCCGUGUCAUCUAUCUUCACGUACGAUGUCUAUCAGACGUACAUCAACCCGAAGGCGACUGGCAAGCAACUCAUCAACAUGUCUCACUGCAUGGUUGUGGGUUUUGCCGUUGUCAUGGCUUCAUUCAGUACCGGCUUAUACUACGCAGGCAUUUCCAUGGGUUACCUAUACCUCCUGAUGGGCGUCAUAAUUUCUGCCGCCGUCCUCCCCGCCACCCUCACUCUCAUGUGGAGCAAGCAGAACUGGGCAGCCGCAACCUUUUCCCCGCCUCUGGGCCUGGCGUGCUCUCUCAUCGCCUGGCUCGUGACUGCGAAGAAAGAGUCCGGAGUCCUCACCGUAGAAACCACCGGCGCGAACAACCCCAUGCUCGCCGGCAACGUCGUCGCCCUCCUCUCUCCCCUCAUCUUCAUCCCCGUCCUCACGCUCGUCUUCAAGCCGCAAAACUACGACUGGCUCUCCAUGAAAGCCAUCCGCAAAGCCGACGACCACGAGCUGGCCGCCAACGCGCACAUCGACCUCGAGCUCGUCCCCGGCGGCGCCACCGCUGCCCAGGACGACGAGGCCGCCGAGCAGGCCAAGCUGCAGCGCGCCUCGCGCAUCGCCCGCGCCCUGUGCGCCUUCCUCGCCGUCUCGUUCCUCGUCCUCUGGCCCAUGCCCAUGUACGGCAGCGGCUACGUCUUCAGCAAGAAGUUCUUCACCGGCUGGGUCGUCGUCGGCAUCCUGUGGCUGUUCUGCAGCACCUUCUGCGUCGGCGUCUACCCGCUGUGGGAGGGUCGCACCACCAUGAAGCGCACCGCCGUGGCGGUCUGGAAGGAUCUCACGGGGAACAAGAGUGCUGCGCUCAAGGCUGCGCAUGGGGAGCCGGCGGUCGUGGAGGGGGAGACGGCCAAGGAGAGUGGUAGUGGCGAUGUUACGCCAACGAGUGGGGAGAAGGGGGAGAAGCAGUGA